CACGUUGACGUUAAUGACGUUCAAUUAUUUGCUUAUUUUUGUGAAUAGCAAAAUUAUGUUGUUUUUAAUCAUUUUGUUUUCAUUUUUCGUUCAUUUUGUUUGAAAAUAGAUUGAAUUCGAAGUUACGGUUGUGUAGACUUUUAUCCCAAUACUAUAAAUAUGACAAUGGGAGAUGAAACUCCAGUGACAACAUUGAUACUUCCAGUUUUAAUACGCCCUAUUCUUUCUGAGUUAGAAAAGCAAGAUGUCUCAGCUUCUCAGACGUUACGCUCAGCUCUCACAAAAGCUGAGGCCUCACACCCUGGGCUGGCAUAUGACCUUGUACUUGGCAUUUUAAGAAAGGGAGAUCUCACAGUGAAUAUGAAUGAGAGUAUAUUACGCUUACAAGGAGCUGUCUCAGACUCUGAUGGUAAAUAUAAGAUAUCAAUUUUGAAUAGUCCUCACUUCUCUAAGUUUUUAGUAGUAGAAUACCGCUUGAAUCGGUCAGAAGAUGCAUUCCAAGAGCUGAACAGGAAGUCUGCUGCUCUCAAAAGAAUCUUGAGCAGAAUACCAGAUGAAAUAACAGAUAGAAAAACAUUUUUAGAAACAAUAAAAGAAAUUGCCAGUGCUAUAAAGAAACUGUUGGAUGCAGUGAAUGAGGUGAAUGGUUUUAUUCCAGGUACUACUGGAAAACAAUCAUUAGAACAAAGGAAGAGAGAAUUUGUUAAAUAUUCCAAGAGAUUCAGUAACACUUUGAAAGAAUACUUCAAAGAAGGACAAGCCAAUUCAGUAUUUGUUAGUGCCCUAUAUUUAAUUCAUCAGACUAAUAUGAUAAUAACUACAGUGAAGAACAAGUGUGAAUGAAGAAAAUUAUGAACUAAGUUGUUCCUUUUCUGUUGACAGUUCAAAAAAAUCUAGCAAUUCAGUAAUAAUAGUUGUGACUUACUUUUAGUUUUUUAAUAUACAUAUUUCAGAAGAUGUACUCCAAUUAUAACUGAUUUUUGGUUAAGGCUAGAGUAUUAAAUACAGUUUAUUUUUAAGAGAUGUGUAAUAUAUGUUAUUAAAUAUAUUAUAAUGUUGUUAUGGCACUUUUUGUGUUGAUUGUGAGGAUAUAAAUAAUUGAAGAGAUUCUGAACUUUUCAUUCCAGUUGAAGUUGAGAACAACCUAUGAAAGUAUAAAACAAUGCAUACAUUCAAAAAUAAUAUCCUCAGCAAAUAUUAUUCAUGGAAUAUUAAAUGGAAAUGCUUUUAAAAAUAUCCUGAGAAUUUAACAAAUAAAAUAUAACAUAAAACAAGGAUAAUAAUGUUAUUAAUAUUUACAUUUCAUUGUAUGCACUUUCCUCAAUAUAAUAUAAAACUCAGGUAAGAAAAAACAUGUUCAUAUUCACUGCAUUUCAGUCAUAUUUGAGAGCUUUAGUUUUAUUUAAAAAUAACACAAUUAGCAUUCCUUCAAUGGGCAAGUCAACUAUAUUUUUUGCAGUAUCCUUAUCAAUGCAUUCAAUCUCAGGGUUUUGUUAUUUUUUCCAUUUUUGAAGUAUUGUGAUCAAACAGCAAAAGCACAAGGGAGUAAACUAACACUGUGCUGGUAAGAUGAUGCUGCAGAUAAAGCAUCAAAAAUAAAAAAAAACUCAUAUUUUUGAAUUGGUAAAAUUUCCAGUUUUUUAAGCCCUAAGAGAAAUGAAAAGAAUUGAAAAAUUGAUCUUGCAUUAUUUCUCAGAAGUUAUUGAAUUCAUUUUUAUUUUUAUGAAAGUUGUGAGAAUUUAAAAACAUUUUUUUACAUUUUUGAAAACUGCAACUUCUAGAUACAAAAUCUAGAUGAGAAAAAAAUCGAAAAAAUCAAGGGAUUACUUGUUAGGAACAUAGUUAUCCAAAUAAAAUCAAUUCAGUAAGGGUUUAUUAGUUUGACAUAUAUUGCAUAUAUUGUAUAUAUUCAGAUUGUAUAUUACAUUAGUACAUAUUAGUCCAGAUAGUAGUAUAUAUAGUAUAUAAGACGAUUCAUUAGCGAAUUCACUCAUAGGUGAAUAAUGUGUUAUAAAUGUGACUGGUGCACACACAAGCUUUUAAAACUCAUUUUGUACCUGAAAAUGUUUGUAAACCAUAUGACUGUUCAUGGCUAUUGAAUAAAUACUAAAUACUAAAAAAAAAAUACUAAAUAAAAUUAAGUGGCUAGCAUCCAUGGUUAUCAUGUCAAAAUAGUAAAUAAACUAUGAAUAAAGUUGAAAAAUAAAUUAUAUUCAAUGGGCGUCGGAGAAAGAAUUCAUGAUUGGUUCACACAUUAUUUGACAAAUAGAAAGCAGUAUUCUGAUGUGAAUGAUACAUGUGGAGAAUCAACGGAAAAUUUAUACCAACCUAGACAUUUUCUGAACCUGAUUUCGUUGUAUAAACUUAAAAUAUGUUGUUUUAUUCGUUUUGCCAGGAAUGAAUUGAAAAUAUCAAAUUUAGCUUUCAUUAUGGGACUAGAUAAUUUAAUUACUUGAUAGCAGAUACAUUAAAGUACAACAUUGGCAAACAAUCUGUAUUUCACUAUGUAAUAAUUUCAUACAAAUCAUUACCAAAUGAGUUGAAAAAUAUACAUGAUACAAGAAGGUUUAAAAUCAAUUUAAAAAAAUACUUGCUCAGGACAAUUUGAAUGAAAAAUAUGUGGCAUGAUUUGAUUACUCAGAAAUGAAAUGUAAUAACUUUCAUCUUAAGAAACAAUAAUUAAUAAUUAGGUAGUUCAUCGAAAAAUCCUAAUAACAAAGUAGACAAAUCAAUAGGAUUAGUUUGCGGAAAAACUUGUUGGUCAAACUAGGAGACCCAUCAAAACUAGCUACAAAGAACAUCUCGCACAUUCAAACGAUGUUCGAAUAUACAAGUUAAGUAAUGUAGUGGUAAAACAGUGUUGUGUGAUUGAAAUUGUGUUUACUAAAAAAAAAUGAAAUUGAAGAUGAACAUCAAUCAAGGCCCCUAUGAUUCCUUGUAAAGUCAGUCUAUAUUUUUUUAUUUUCGCCGUAGCGACAAUAACUUUCGCUGGUUUAUUCAAGCCAAAAUAGAAAGCCAUAUCGAAGAAAAACUAGCUAGC